UGGAUGGAGUGCGCUCGUAGUUUAGUGCGCGUUUGACCCGCCAGCGACUGGCCGCGCUUCUUCUCUGUAUGUGACCGAACGGUAUGCGCGAACAAUACUUUAGCGAAGUUAGGUAUAACUGGAUUCUCCUACACAUUGGACGUUGAAUUAGUGUGCUAAGUGUGUGAUACGAAUGUUGCGAAUUUAUAAAUAAAAAGUGUAGUUCAGUGAAUGAAAGUUUGGAUAAUUUAAAAAUACUUAUCGUUCUUGUUUGGAGGUAAAUAUAUAUUUUGUUUUCAUAUCCAAGAUGCCUGAAUAGCUGAUAUUAUUUAGAAAACGAAUAGAAAUAUCGCAAAGAUGAAGCAACUCGUCAAUAAGAAUCUUAUAACGCUUAAAUGCGUCCUCUUCUGUUUUCUUUCGGGCAUUGGGUGCAUCUUCCCUUUUCUGCCACUGCACAUGCUGUCAGUGGGCCUAGACAAGGGAGAAGCCCGGUUGAUAUCAGCUGUCGCACCAUGUAUUGCGUUGCUAGGUCCUGCCGUGUUGGGGCCUCUCAUUGAUAAACUGUCAGUGGGCAGAGGGUCAACUGGCGGCGGCACCAACCCGAGUGGCUCCGGGCGACUGCUGCGAGUCAUCACAGCUGCCUGCCUCAUCCUCAGCGCUAUAUUCUACACGCUCCUCCUUGCGGUCCCUUAUACGGAACGACAUGAGGCUCGACGACCUGAAGUGCUCUUCAUGUGCGAUGAAGACAGUGCUUAUGUCAUGCAAGAAGUAUGUAAGGAGGACAUGCGUUGCAACCGGUGGUCUGGCGAAAAGUCAGGAGUACUGGCUGUAACAUCGUGUGAGUACGGGUGUGCAGACGAGAACAUGACAUGGGUGAAGCAGCCUUUCACCACCACAUCUACCACGACUACACUCAGCCCGAUGUACCUCAACGUCGCCAACGCUACGACUUCGGCGCCAGAAGUCACCGAAGACGACGAAGUGAGACAUGCGAUGCCCUUCGAAGUGAACCCUCCACACUUCUGCUACAACGGCCAGUGUCUGGUCUACAUGCAGCACCAAGCGAGGCUUCGCGUGCCUUUAUCUUUGAUAGCACCAGAAUUACCUGAAGAUAACAGCACAUCAGACUCCGACUGGUGCACAUAUCGAACAGCGGGACCUUCAAAAUGUCAGGUGCCUCCAAACCGUCUGGCAGAGGUCUCGGAAGACGACGACUGCAGGCCGGCCGUGCGGUGCCAAGUUCUCGACCCCUAUGAUGAACCUGAUGGUGUUUUGGCUGACGCUGAAUGCCGACUCGUCAUUGGAGAUCCCAGUUAUACGUUCUGGACCUAUUUAAUUAUCAGAAUAUUAUCGGACAUCUGGCCAACAGCAGGUUUAGCUCUCCUCGGUACUGCCUGUGUGAUUGCGACCAGAGAAACGUCUUUGGGACGAGGCGAUGUCGGCAGACAGUUGGCCUUCGGCACAAUUGGGCUGGCCAUCUUCCCUCCACUGGCUGGACUGGCCGCUGAACAAAUGCCCGACACUCCGUUCCUAAUCCCAUUUGUUCUUCACGCUGUAUUCAUGGUCAUCGGAGCUCUUAUUCUACUAUUCGAUAGUCAUAUGCCCCUGUCUACCCCGGAGUGGUGGUGGCACACUGCCACUGGUGUGCUGGCGAUGCCAAUGAACACGGUGCGGCGAUACGGGGCUGAAACAGCUGCAGUUUUCGCUGUGGUGGCGCUGUUAGGCACCUUAUGGAGCGGGAUCGAUGCUUACUUACCAUGGACGGUACAGGAGCUGAAUGGCACUGUAACAGAAAUGGGUCUAACGCUAACCGCAGGAGCACUACCCGCCGUGCCAGCCCUCUGGUGGGCAGAAGCACUCGUAGACUACAUUGGCCAUUCCAAUGUCUUCAUCAUGGCAUUUACUUUUUACGGCAUAAGAUACACUGGUUUGGCAUACAGCACCGACUACACAUGGGUGGUGGUGUGCGAGAUUUUGGAAGUAUUCACACUUAGCUUAGUGUGGGUGACCGCUGUGUUGUAUUUCCGUCACCUGGUGCCGCGCAAAUACACAGCUACCGGACAAACUCUGCCGGUUAUUGCUCAUUUCUGUAUCGGUCGGUGUAUAGGUGCUAUUAUCGGCGGUAUGGUUUCCCUACAGCAGCCGUUGCAGGCGGUGCGCAUGGUGUACCGGUCGUUGGGAGUGGUGGCGCUGGUGGUGGCAGCUGUGUACCUCGGACUCUAUCACCUGCUCCUGGCGCCGCGCUGCGCCGCGCCCGCUGUGUCGCCGCCACACCAUCUCCUCCAAGGUUUAAACAAUACGAAUGGAACAACGAACGGCACGUACUCUCCUAUGCGGGUGUACCACGAAGAACGUUCCAGGAAAGGCCACUUCCGUUAUUGAGGAUCAUUAGCUAUAAAACACGUAACAAAUAGUACAGUCAGUGAAGAAUGUCGAUUUUGCAAAUCUGUAUUUAAUAAUCAUAAAAAUGUAAUGAAUACCAGACCUACUUCUUUAUGUAAAAAUGUUAUUUAUUUGAUAACAUAACUUAAUCCUUGAACAUAAGUACAAGGUGUCUAUCAAGUCACAAAUUAAGCAUGAAAUGUUUGUCUGAAGGACAGUAGCAUAAUAAAAACGAUUUUUAUGUGUUGUCUAUGCAAUUUAAUUCUUUUUAUAAGUGUUUUUAAUUCCUGUACCUAGCAUAAUGUAAGCGUGUCUAUCAUAAUAAUAAAUUAAUAAUGCCGUAAAUGUGUAUUGUGCCUAUGUAAUUAAAUUAAGUAUCAAUUCUUUUUUUCGUCCCAUAUAUUAAGCUUUAAAUGGGAAAACAGAGAGAUUGCAUGGUGCUUGUGUGAAUGAACUUUUGAGAAACAGUAAGUUGGUCUAGUAAUGAGCCUUUCGCAUUCACAUAGCGUGGGUAAUGUUUGACAAAAUGAUACAUAAUAAUGUUGUUUUAUAUUCUUCCACCAAUUGGUUGAUUUGUUAUCGUAAAAAGCAGCUAAAUUCUCAUAAAAUAUUAAUUUCUAGGAUUACUUUAUAAGUUUUUUUUUAUAAAUUGCAUUUCAUAAUUUAGAUUCUAGGCAAUCACGAAUUAUAUACAAACAGAAUUGUGAUAUUAAAGUGCUUUUGUCUCAUGUUUUGAUAUUGCUGUCAUCAUUAAUUUAUACUCUAUAAGGUAUCAAACACAGACUAUUUGCAUUCGUAAUUUUGUAUAAAUAAAAUCUAAGUUUUUUUAUUAAUAAAAUGAUGUCACUGC